AUGACUGUGUUGUUACUGGUGCAGUUUUCCCAUAGCGCAGCUCCACCUGGAGAUGAGAUUGUGGCGGCCACCAUCCACCUGGACCAUCUGAACAAGGACGAGGUUCUGAGCAUCCUGAAGGUCCUGGAGCCGUACGACAACAACAUGAAGGUCCUGACCAAGAAGGAGCUCGGGGGCAGCGCCGGCCUCGGGUUUGACGGGAAUCUGAAUUUGGACAAAUCUCUGGGAGCAUCGGCUGAAGUUCCGUCUGUGUCUGUGAACGGCCUGAACCUCAAAGCCGACAGUGGACUGAGCGGAGGACUCGGAGGACUCGGAGGAGGACUCGGAGGAGGACUCGGAGGAGGACUCGGAGGAGGACUUGAAGGAGGACUAGGAGGAGGACUCGGCGGAGGACUCAAGACCCCAACCCUCAAUGGGGACUUACCAGGUCUAAGUCUCUCUGGUCCAGACUUGAAAACUCCAGACCUGAGGGCGAAUCUGUCCGGUCCAGACCUGAAGACCCCAGACCUGAGGGCGAAUCUGUCCGGUCCAGACCUGAAGACCCCAGACCUGAACCUGAACGGAGACUUCAACGCCCCCAGUGCCUCCUUGGAUCUGAAUGCUCCUAACGUAAACACGAGUGGGCUCAACUUUAAGGCCCCGAAGUUCACCAUGCCCAGUUUCAACCUGCCUCCGAUCACCGCUCCGGACGCAGAUCUGGAUCUUUCAGGAGACAUUGCCGUUCCUAACGUCAGCGCCGAUGUCAAAACGCCGGAUGUGAACUUCAGCGCUCCAGGUGUCAAUGUAAAAGCUCCAAACUUAGACCUAAACGGGCCCAAGGUUAACGUGAACGGCCCAGAUUUGAACGCAGAAGCCCCUGAUUUGAACAUAUAUGCUCCUCACGGUGGAAUCAAAUGGCCUCAUCUGAAAAAGAAAGCCAAAGUUAAAAUCCCAGACGCUAGUUUAGACGUAGAGGGACCUAAAGUAGACGCUCCGAAAGUCGACGCGAAACUGGACGGUGAUUUGGGAGGGGGGAGGAGCUGGCCACAUCUGAGGCUGAAGAAACCGAAAGGGCCCAAACUCGAUGUAGACGCAGACGCCGAUCUGAACUUAAGCGCUCCCAAACUCGAAACAAACCUGGAAGCGCCAAAUGCAGAUUUAGAUCUUCCAGAUGCUGAGAUUAAAUGUCCAGAUGUAACCAUGGAGAAGCAUGCAGGCAUAAACUGGCCGCAUUUGAAUUGGAAAAAACCCAAAAUGCCAAAAGCUGAUCUGAAAGCGGAUAUUAACCCGCCAGACGCAGACCUCUCACUCCCCAAAAUCGACGGCGAAUUAAACGGAGCAAAACUUGACGUAGAUCUACCAAAAGCCGAUCUCGACGCUAAAGUUGAUGGUCCAAAAAUAAAAUUCCCAACGCUGAAAAAGCCCAAGUUUAAGAUUUCAGGUCCCGACGUUAAAACUCCAGAACUUGACACGGAUUUGACAGCGGAUUUGCCCGACGCAAAUGUUACCGUAGAUUUACCGAAAGCUGAUUUAGACGUGAACGCGCCAAAACUAGAUGCAGACAUAGAGGGACCUGACGUCAAAACAAAAUGGUGGAAGAAAUUUGGAACUUGGAAGAAAAAAGACAUAGACAUAGACGCGGAUGCAAAAUUGCCAAACAUCGACGGAGAUGUUAAAAUCGACACGCCGGACAUUAACGCCGAUUUGAAAGCUCCGAGCGUUGACAUAGAUACGCCAGAUGUUGACAUAGGCACACCAAAAGGAGGUAUAAAAUUCCCAAAACUCAAACUGCCGAAGGCUAAGGCCAAAGUGAAGACCCCUGAUAUCGACGGAGAUUUUAGCGCGAAUGUUGACGCCCCAAAUUUGGAACUGAACGCGCCGGAUUUGAACCUAAACGGAAAUCUAGGCACGCCAGAUGUUGACGUUAACUUACCGAAAGCAGACCUGAACGCGGAAUUACCAACGGCUGACGCUAAAAUUAAGUCUCCGAAAAUGAAGUGGUUUAAGUUUGGGCACACCGGUCCGAGGGUGAAAGCAGACGCCGAUGUGAAAGCGCCGAACAUCGACGCAGACUUAAACGCGCCAAAUCUGAGCCUGGAUUUGCCCGACGGUAAAAUCGACGGGCCAGAUUUGGACCUCAACUUGAACGCGCCCAAAAUUGAUGCAGAUUUGAAGGCGCCGAAGCUAGAAACCGGAUCUCCAGAUAUCGGCGGGAAAAUUAAGUUUCCAAAGAUGAAAUGGCCAAAACCGAUCCACAAAACGCCGAGUUUAGACGUGGACGCUAGUUUGCCCAAAGCGGAUUUGUCAGGUCCAGAUCUGAGCAUAAGAACCCCUGAGGUGGAUCUGGACGCGCCUAAACUCGAAGGAGGACUCAGCGCUCCAGACCUGGAUUUAAACGCACCAAACGUAGAUCUUAAAGGUCCAGAUCUUGACGCUGACGCUCCGUCUGGAAAAUUCAAACUGCCGAAGCUAAAAUGGCCAAAACCUAAAUCUAUUGACGCAGAUCUGGAAGCACCAGAUUUGAACGUGAAGGCUCCAGAUCUUAACCUUGACGCUCCCAAAUUAGAUGCGGAUAUAAGUGCGCCGGAUUUGAGUUUAAACGCGCCAAAUGUAGAUGUUAAAACUCCUGAUCUUGACCUUGAUGCUCCUUCUGGAAAAUUCAAACUGCCGAAGCUAAAAUGGCAGAGAACGAAAACGAUCGACGCAGAUUUGGACGUGGGAACUCCAGAUGUCGAUGUAAACGCGCCAGAUUUGAACCUUCAGGCGCCCAAACUCGAAGGAGAAUUCAGUGCUCCUGAUUUAGCCUUAAAUGCACCUAAAGUAGACGCUGAUCUUGACGCUCCAAAAUUCAAAUUACCAAAAAUAAAAUGGCCGAAACACAAAACUAACAUCGAUGCGGAUCUGGAAGCUCCCGAUUUGAGCGUCAAGUCCCCUGAUCUCAAACUAGACGCACCAGAUAUUGACGGUAAAUUUUCAGCGCCGGAUUUGAGUUUAUCUGCACCAAACGUUGACCUAGAAGCACCAGAUUUAAACGUAGACACUCCAAAGGUCGACUUCAAACCACCAGCAGGGGGCAUCAAACUUCCCUCGUUCAAUUUACCAAAAUUUAACUUGGGAAAACCCAAAGUUGACGGAGGUUUGAACGUCGAUACGCCUGAUUUUGAUAUAAAUUCUCCAAAAACAAAUAUCGAUCUUCCAAAUUUGUCCGGUCCAAAUCUUGAUGCUGAUUUGGAUGCAGGAUUUUCGGCUCCAAAAUUCAACGCAAAUCUUCCAUCUUUAAGAAGCCCUGAUCUUGAUUUGAGUUUACCCAAAGCGGAAGUAAAUGCUCCAGGUUUCUCUCUUCCCAAAGCGAGCAUAGGCGGACCAAAUCUCGAUCUGAACGCUCCCGACAUCGACGCAAACCUGUCAGCUCCAAAACUAAACGCUGACCUGAAGUCGCCUGAUCUUUCGCUCCCGUCCGCAGACCUUAGAGCCGACGUAUCCGCUCCGAACGUCGACGUAAAAGCGCCGAACGUCGACACAACUCUCGGCGAUUUCAAACUCCCUCACUUCAAAAUGCCCUCGCUGAGUCUGUCCAGUCCCGACGUCGAGACCCCGAGCGUUGACACUUCGCUCAACGCCGGUUUAGAUGCUCCUAAGGUGGACCUGAGUCUGCCCUCUGCUGGUGCAAACGUGUCCGCACCUUCUGUAGAUGUUAAAGCUCCAACGUUUGAAGCGAACCCGCCGGACAUCGACGCUAAAGUAGAUGCUGAGAAGCCCAAACUGAACUUUAAGAUUCCGAAACUUUUUGGCAAAUCAAAAAGCACGGACGUAGAUUUGAACGCCGACUUACCCAAAGUAGAAGGAGAAAUUAACGCUCCUGAAUUUAAAGCGAACGUUGACGCCGGCGUAGACGCAGAGGCGAAAGGUUCGAAGCUGAAAUGGCCGUUUAAGUGGGGUUUAAAGUCCAACGAAGACGAAGGGAGCGGCGCCGAGUCGGACCUAGAAAUCGCCGACACCGAAGUGGAGGUCCCCGCUUUCGUUUUCCACAAAUUACCCGCGAGUCAGAGGGACAGUUUCGGAAUCAUGGAUAGUCUGAGCAUUGCGAGUCGCGACAUUGAAAACAAAGAUUUCAUAGUCAGCAAAGGAAUCCGUCUCCCUUACUUAAACACCACGGCCAAAACGGGAGAGAAGGUGGACAUCUCGGAGCGUCUGAAGUUGGCGAGGGAGAAAUCGUCGUCGGUUAGCACGUCGCCCACGGAUUCGACCGUGGAUCUGAACCUGGGCGGAGGGGGGGCCGGCGUCGGAGCGGAGGGCGGCGGCGGCGUGGGAGGGUCCGUUUUGGGUUUGAUAAGUCCGAGCGACAGCACAGACGAGGACAAGAAGCUCUCUGUGGGGCUCACAAACAUGCUCGGGCUGAACAUCGAGUGAUCGGGUCGGCGAACGUUUGAGAAGGGAACGGAAAAUGAAAAGAAUGGGGCGGUUUUAGGAAAGUGAGCAAAGAACGCGAGACUUUAAGGGUUUUAAAGAAUCUAAAUGUGGUCAGGUUUGGUAAAAGGUGAGAGGAAAGUUGUUUUAGAGCUUUUUUUUUAUAUAUAUAUUUUUGCCCCAUAUUAACGCUAUUAUUUACCUUAAGUAUAAAAGAAGUUAUGGUCAUUUUUAAGAUCCUAUAUUUUGUUAAAUGUUCUUUUUUUUUAACCACUUUUUGUGUUUGUUUAAUCCCAUUUUGACCUUUUAACCAAUAUAUUAAGGUGUAAAACAGGAAAAACAUUUACAAAAUUCUCCAAAAUACUUAAUUCUGGACUUGGUUGUUCAAUUUUAAAGAGGAAGUGUCCUGCAACAUCAACUUUUACCACAGUGAAUAAGUGUAAUACUCCCUCUUUAAUACCAUAAAACCAAAUAAAUCCCUUUUUAAAACUUUAUUUUUUAAAACUUACACUGCAGAUUGUAAAUACGAGCACAGUUUUGAACCAUCGAUCACCGACAAAACAAACCUUUUAUUUUAUUAUCUGAGUAUUUGUUUAUUAUGUUUAUUAUUAUUUGUUUAAAUGUAAAAAUCCUUUUUCACAUCGUCUGAAGUGUCUCGCUGGAGGAACUUCAGGUUCAUGGUUUUCUGUGUAAAUGUGUGUGUGUGUGUGUGUGUAAAUGUGUGUGUGUGUGUGUGUGUGUGUGUGUGUGUGUGUGUGUGUUAUAUUCUCCAACAGUUUCAUAAAUCUGUCCCAUCACCAAAUCUUCAACCAACAAAGGAGAAACAUUCUUCCGUCGCUGAACGUUUCUCUGAUCUGAUCAAGAUUUUAAAACUUACAUCAUCAGGUUCUUUAUGUUGUUUUCAGAUUUAUGCUUCUGAGACGCUUCAUUCUCGUUUAUUUUUUAGAUAAUUUGUCAAGUAAAAGGAUCUUGCAGCACGACCACGACGUUUAAGUCAUUUUCAGAUAGAUUGAAGUGUUUAUAUUUUAUAUUCUGCCAAAUUUGUCCAAGCUUUUUUUUGCAGUGAUGAAGAAUUUAUCCAAAAGAAGAAAAAGCAAAACUUAAAGGAAACAACAAGCCACAUUAGCAGAGUAGUGAAGUUUACUUUUAAAAUGUAAUCCCCUACAGAUUACAGAUUACACACCCCAACAUGUAGUUUGUAACAUAAUCCA